AUGAAGGCCGCCUAUAUCACCCUCGGCCUGUUCGCUACCCUCACCUCUGCCUACUCCAGAAGGCAUCCCCGUUACAUGCGUCUUGGGAGACACAACAACGGAACUGCCGGCAUCAUUGUGGCUCCUGGGGAUGAUGCUGCGGCCGUCUCUGACACAGUGACAAUUCCUUUGUCUACUGGUGUCGCCACUGCUGCUCCUCUCCCGACCAACGGCACGGCUGGUGCCGUCACCACGUUGACUGUGUCGACCACUUCGGUCCGCACCGUCACCUCGUGUCUCCCUAUCGUCACCGACUGCCCUGCUAAGACGGAGGACCUCGCCAACCUCCCCACCGAGUCUCUCAGCACCGCUACCGUCACUGACACUAUCAUCCUUACCGAGACUGUCUGCCCCGUGACCGCCGUGCCCUCCAUCUCGUCCAGUGUUCUCGAUGAUGCCUCCAAGGGCCUCAUCACUGGCAGCACCCUGACCGAGUCUGCAACGGCUACGUCGGUCGAGGCGGGCGUGACUACCACUGAGACCAACGCCGCCGUCACCGGGACUGACCCCGCUGCUGUCACCACCCUCACUCUCUCAACCACGUCGAUCCGCACUGUUACCUCGUGCCUUCCCGAGGUCAUCGACUGCCCGACCAGGACUGAGGACUUCUCCAACUUCCCGAGCGAGGCUCUCAGCACUGCCACCGUCACGGACACCGUCAUCCUCACCGAGACCGUUUGCCCCGUGACCGCAGUUCCCUCCAUCUCUUCCAGCGUCAUGGACGAAGCCUCCAAGGGCCUCAUCACCGGCAGCACCGUCACCGUCACCGCCACUGCCCCGGCCCAGGUCUCCACUGCCACCGAGACCAAGGUCAUGACCCUCACCCAGACCAAGGUCGUCACCGUCACCAUGGGCGGCGGCAAGGUCGUCACCACUGCUGUCGAGUCCACCGUCGAGUCCACCACCGUCGAGGUCGUCACCCACACCAAGGAGGCUCCCAACCCGGCCGUGACUCCCCCCGCCGGCGGCGAGAAGGACACCACCACCACCGAGACCAUCACCUCGACCGGCACCCGCACCGUCACCGUCAAGAAGCCCGCGACCACCACCGUCGGCGUCAAGCCCGGCAGCGGCAACGGAAACGGCAACGGCAACAACGACGCCUGCAACUGCGACGCGGCCGCCCCCGCUGAGAAGACGGUAACCGUAACCAAGGAAGCCGUCACCGUCACCGCCGCCGCCCCCGCAUCCACCGUCUUCGUGACGGUCGCCGACUGCGCGGCCACCACCGACGUGCCCGCCCCCACCGCUGCCGAAGGCGGCAACGGCAAGGGCAACAACAAGGGCGACAAGACCAGCGCCGCGCCCGCGGCCACCUCCUCCGCCGCCCUCGGCAGCGGCGAGUCCGGCGCCGGCAUCAUCGUGGACGACGACAACAACAGCGGCGAGGGCUCCGACGCCGAGGAGAGCGCGUGCCCGCCGGACGAGGUCGUCACCGUGACCUCGACCAGCGGCGCCGACGCCGGCGAGGCCACUGCCACUGCCACUGCCACUGCUACUGCCACGGCGUCGGCCGCACCGGGGGCGGGUGAGGGGAGCAACUCCGGUGAGGGUGAGGGUGAGGAUGAUACCUGCCCGGAGGACGAGGUGGUUACCGUGACGGCGACGCCUAGUGCUGCGCCCUCGGGGUUGUAA